UAGUAGUAGUUAGUUAAAACCAAAACGCAAAGCUUAAACCCUAUUCCGCUAAUGGCAACCCCCAGACUCUUGCUGUCGCAUCUCCGUCGCUUCACUCGCUCGCCGUCUCACGCGCCGCCGCUCUAUCACUUCCUCCACGCGUCACCUCCUCCACCACUUCCAGAACCGUCACAGUCGUCCUGCUUCCGGCACUCGUCGGCGAGUUCUCGAUUCUUUCACUCAGGUUCGGUAGACGACGACUCGCUUGCUGACUCCUUCGCUAAUUCGGUGCCGAUCCCAACGGACAUUGUUAACUUCGGUGAUGGAGUGAUUGGCGGCGGUGAAGAGUUGAUUCUUCCUGUUCGAACUCUGAUUUCGGUGCUUGAUGCUUAUCAUAAUCUCUCUGGCUUCCCUUGGUGGGUAAUUAUAGCUACUUCAACGUUGGCAUUCAGACUUGCAACGAUUCCUGUACUUGUUCUGCAACUUAAGAAGAUGCAAAAGGUAGGAGAGCUAUUUCCUAAAUUGCCUCCUCCAUUCCCACCAUCUUGGUCAGGAAGGAAUUUCAUUAAUCAAAUUUCAAUUUUUCGGAGGAAAAGAAAAGAAAUUGGGUGCCCUUCAUUUCUGUGGUUCCUUGCCACCUUCUCAGUUCAGGUCCCAUGUUUUAUCUUAGGUGUGACCACCAUUCGGAGAAUGUCAUUGGAUGGUCAUCCAGGGUUUGAUUCGGGUGGGACUUUGUGGUUCCAGAAUCUGACUGAAUUCCCCCAUGGUCUUUUAGGCUCCAUCUUUCCAAUACUGAUAGCUGGUCUCCACUACACAAAUGUUCAGCUCUCUUUUAGGAAAUCUUCACUUCGGAAAGAAACAGGCCUGCUUGGGUUAUUGUCAAAAUAUUACAAGAUGUAUUUGGAUGUCUUGACGGUUCCUUUAGUUUUUAUUGGCUAUUGUAUUCCUCAGGGUAGUCUGGUUUAUUGGGUUACUAAUGGUACAUUUAGUGUUAUUCAGCAAUUAUCCCUCAAACAUCCUGCUGUUCUUGCAAAGUUGGGGUUACCAGACAAGGAUGCUCCAUCAGCAUUGGAAGCAUCUGAAAAAAUUGGCAGUCCUGAAACACAUUUGGAUUCCUCAGCAAAACAACGCAAAAUAUCUGUCAAGGACCUUACCCCUAAAGAACUGCUAGCUCUUUCAGUCAAGUACUUGUCAAAAGGACAAAAAGAAAAAGCAAUCCCCUGUUUGCAACAGGCGCUUGUUAAGGAUCCUGAUUACAUAGAUGCUUUGAUACUUAUGGGGCAGACUCAACUGCAGAAUGGACUGCUAGCGGAGGCUAUUGAAUAUUUGGAGCAUGCUAUCUCCAAGCUCUUCAACUCCGGCCCUCCCACAGAAGUUGAAAAUAUUGAUCUUUUAAUUGUUGCUUCACAGUGGGCUGGUGUUGCCUAUAUAAGACAGGGGAAAAUGGCUGAAGGAAUUGUACACUUGGAAAGAAUUGCUAAUUUGAAAGAACCAGAGGAAAAAAAGUCCAAAGCCCAUUAUUAUGAUGGAUUGGUAUUACUUUCAAGUGCUUUAUCCAAUGUAGGUCGCUUGGCUGAAGCUGCUAAGCAUCUGCGUUUAGCUGCCGCUUAUAAUCCCGAGUAUAAUGAACUACUGCAACAAUGCGAAAAUGAACUACAACAACAAUGCGAAAAUGACAACGGCGAUUUUACAAGUGAUCUUAGCAGCAGCAGGAGAGGAGAUUACUAAUUUAUUUGUAAAGUGGAUAAACCGGUGUUGUAAACUCAUCUGCUUGAGGCCACCUACGCAACAUAUUCAUAUCCCAUAAGUUUCUCAACCAUCAAGAUUGUAGAGUCUUGCAAUAAUUCCCAGUCUCAUUCCGACAACUCGUGAUGAACAUUCCAAAGAAGGUUUUGUAUAAAAGGAGAAUGUUAAUUUAAUCGCUUCAUUUCAUAUCUUGGUUUGUUUUGCCAUUGAAUUUCUAUUAUAGAUUGAAAUAAUAAGCUGUGAAUGGUAGAAUAGUGCCACUGGGACACUCCAAAUUUUGCUGGGAUUGAAAUUAUGAGAAUUGUUUCAGACUUGGACCUCAAAGAAGGGGUGGAUUCUUUUAAUAAGAAUAAUUUUAUUGGGAUGUUAAUGUCA